CGUUAUUCCCAACUGUCAGUUCAGAUCGAAGACUGCACGCUUGAAAACCUUUACGGCAAAUCAACUGGAUGAAAUUAAAGAUCCCUCUGGUCUUUUUUAUAUUCUCCCUUUUCAGAAAGGUUACUUGGUGAACUGGGAUGUCCAGAGACAGGUUUGGGAUUAUCUUUUUGGAAAAGAAAUGUAUCAAGUGGAUUUUGUAGAUACCAACAUUAUUAUUACUGAACCUUAUUUUAACUUCAGUUCAAUACAAGAAUCCAUGAAUGAAAUUCUAUUUGAAGAAUACCAAUUUCAAGCAGUUCUUAGAGUAAAUGCUGGAGCUCUUAGUGCACACAGGUAUUUCCGGGAUAAUCCAUCUGAGCUAUGUUGUAUCAUUGUGGAUAGUGGAUACUCUUUUACACACAUUGUACCUUAUUGUAGAAGUAAAAAGAAGAAAGAGGCAAUCAUCAGGAUUAAUGUUGGAGGAAAACUCUUAACCAACCAUCUGAAGGAGAUAAUCUCUUACAGGCAGCUCCAUGUUAUGGAUGAAACACAUGUAAUUAAUCAAGUGAAAGAAGAUGUGUGUUAUGUUUCUCAAGACUUUUACAAGGACAUGGACAUUGCCAAAUUGAAAGGAGAGGAAAAUACUGUAAUGGUAGAUUAUGUUUUGCCAGACUUCAGCACAAUCAAGAAAGGAUUUUGUAAGCCAAGGGAAGAGAUGGUGGUAAGUGGAAAAUACAAGACUGGUGAACAAAUACUUCGUCUAACAAAUGAAAGAUUUGCAGUUCCAGAAAUACUCUUCCAUCCUUCAGAUAUCGGUAUUCAAGAGAUGGGAAUUCCUGAAGCCAUUGUUUAUUCUAUUCAGAAUUUACCUGAAGAAAUGCAGCCUCAUUUCUUCAAGAACAUAGUUCUGACUGGGGGAAACACCCUUUUUCCAGGCUUCAGAGAUCGGGUUUAUUCUGAAGUUCGAUGUCUUACUCCAACUGAUUAUGAUGUUUCUGUUGUUCUUCCUGAAAACCCUAUUACUUAUUCUUGGGAAGGUGGGAAACUCAUUUCUGAAAAUGAUGAUUUUGAAGACAUGGUAGUAACUAGAGAAGAUUAUGAAGAACAUGGACACAAUAUCUGUGAAGAGAAAUUUGAUAUAUAGGUACCAUAGCUGGAUACACUGAUAUUCCAUUGUUCUACUCAGAAUGGAACUGUUUGAACUACAACCUGUUUUCUGUCAGUUAGGAUUGUGUUUUAGCUUUCCUGUAUUUAAGUGGGUUGGGAAAAAAUAAUUUUCAGAGUUUAAAAAUAAAGUUUUACAAGCCUCAUACUAUGAAAUAAUAUGUUGUCAUUUCAUUAUGUUCUUGUUGUUUACUGAUAGCUUCAUUGUAUUCUUAUUGCAGAAAACAUCAAUGCAUGAGGCAAUAAAAACAUUGAAUGGUUGUA